UAAGAAGUAAUAAUACCAAAAAAAAAAAAACUCCAGAAAAUGAGUCCACACUCUUCGCAGAGUUUCGGACACGGAGAGCACUUCAAAACCUUCAGAAAAAACCAAACAGAGAAAAAUUAAAGUGAAGAAAAAGAAAAAGAGAAGAUCAUUGUUUGUUUCCUUCUUUUUUUUUCUGAGUUUCUCUUUGCAUGGCAGCUCACAUUGCCACUUCCAUGAAACCCAAGAGCAACAGCAACAACAACAACAACAACAGUGGAAGCAAUGGCUACAGCAGCGAGAGCAGUAGCGGGACCAACAGCAACUCUCCGAGCCCACCUCCUUCGCCGCCGAAGCCGCGUCUCACUCCGUCUCUAUCCCAGUGCCGCCGGCGGCUGCGCUCCAAGACCCAUUCUUUCGUCCGCCGUGAAAACCUUGGUUCCGGCCUGAACUUCCGGCGGAAUCUCCGGUACUUGUUGGUGCUGCCGCUUUUGUACAUUUCGGGCUUGUUCAUGUGUGUCGGUCCAUUUUCUGGGCUUUUGGGCUAUGCUUCUGUUCCUGGAUCAGUGUACCGUAGCCAUGAGAAUUUUCGAAGGCUUUGGGAUGAUAUUCGCUUUGAUAAUGCUUCAGCUCUUGAGUUGUCCUCUGUGUGGAAAUACAAAAGAAGGCUGAAAGUACAGAAACCUUGUCCAAAUUCAAUGGCUAGAAAUCAUUUCUCCUUGUACAGAACUAGCAUGAUCGAGUCUCCUGGUUCUAGCGGUUACUUGAUUGUUGAUGCAAAUGGUGGUCUUAACCAACAACGUUCUGCGAUAUGCAAUGCAGUGGCUGUAGCUGGACUCUUAAAUGCAAUACUAGUUAUUCCUCAGUUUGAACUCAACAGUGUUUGGAAUGAUCCUAGUCAGUUUGGGGAUAUAUAUGAUGAGGAUCACUUCAUAGACAACCUUAAAGGUUAUGUAAAUGUGGUUAGGGAGUUGCCCGAGGCAUUGAUGGAAAAAUAUGAUCACAACAUUUCCAAUAUUCCAAAUCUCCGAGUCCAAGCUUGGGCUCCUGUAAAUUAUUACUUGGGAGUUGUUCAUCCCAUUUUGAGGGAUCAAGGAGUUAUCCGCAUUGCGCCCUUUGCUAAUAGACUGGCAAUGCAUGUCCCACCUCAUAUUCAGUUGCUAAGAUGCGUAGCCAAUUAUAAAGCAUUGAAAUUCUCUCUAGCUAUAUCAACACUUGCUGAGAAACUAGUCAAUAGGAUGAUUGAGAAGAGCUCAAGGAGUGGGGGAAAAUAUGUUUCUGUCCACCUCAGGUUUGAGCAGGAUAUGGUGGCCUUUUCAUGCUGUGUUUAUGAUGGAGGACAGGCUGAAAAAUUCGAAAUGGAUUCUUUUAGAGAAAAAGGGUGGAAGGGGAAGUUUAAACGAAGGGAUCGUGUCAUCUUACCUACUCUCAAUCGAGUUGAAGGAAAAUGUCCUCUAUCCCCUGUUGAGGUUGGACUGAUGCUACGCGGUAUGGGAUUUGAUAACAACACUUCAAUUUACUUAGCCUCAGGGAAAAUUUACCAGGCAGAAAAACAUCUAGCUCCUUUGCUAAAGAUGUUUCCCCUUCUUUACACCAAGGAGUCCCUUGCUGCACCUGGUGAGCUUGCCCCUUUUGAGGGGUAUUCCUCAAGGAUGGCAGCUUUAGACUACACAGUAAGCUUGUUUAGUGAGGUGUUUGUGACAACCCAGGGUGGAAAUUUUCCACAUUUUUUGAUGGGCCACCGGAGAUUUCUUUUUUAUGGACAUGCAAAGACUAUCAAGCCUGAUAAACGCAAGCUUGUGGUUUUGCUGCAAGACAUAGGUAUCAGUUGGAAAGCUUUUAAGGAUGAGAUGAGAGUAAUGCUUGCAGAAAAUGAUCGCAAGGGGAUGAUGGUGCCCAGAGUAAAAAAAUUCAACAGAAAGACUUCCAUAUACACAUAUCCUUUGCCAGAAUAUAGGGAUUGCAGUUUAGGCGGGCAAUGUGUAGGUUCUCCAGUUUUGAUCACGCCAGAAGUUCCUAGUCCGACAAUGUGCUUUUGGUUUUACCCGAAGAUGCAAAUGUUGUUUUGCUUGCAGUGCGGAUUUAGUGUCAACCUUAUAGCGGGGAGCAGGACAGAUUUUACCCUUGUUCUUUUACGAUGGAAGUUUUGCAGAAUUUCUAGUACUGUAUCUCGUGAAAAUUUUUGGAUAUGGCUACAAGGCCCGAAGACUGGCUCUGCAUUGUCUUUGGUGGGAAUCCUAAUCGUUAAAGAUGUUUACAAAAUAUUAAGUGCGCCUUAAAUGAAUGUAAUGAAAGAUAAUUUCUCCAUUCAUUAGGUAAAUGAAACAAGACACGUCUAUUAGAUGAUA